UUUCUUCACUUUGUCUGUGUAAAUCCUUCUUCUUUAAUGGAGAAUCUCAACAAUCUCCCAGCAGAAAUUCUACUAGACAUCAUCACUCGUUUACCAGCUGAUUCAAUUUUAGAUUGCAAAUUAGUUUGCAGAUCAUGGAUGAAUCUGGUUUCUCAUCAUCCGUCAUUCUAUCGAAUGUAUUUAUCUCAUCUUAAUUAAUCAGCUGAUUCUGGUAAGACCCCUUUUCUUGUUAAAUCCAAUCAUCAACAACUUCGUUAUUUUGAGUAUAAUGAUGAAACAACACUUGUUCACAGUAGUAGAAGGUUCAAUUUAACCUUUCCAUUCACAUCUGAGUAUAUCGUUAAUGGGUUAGUCUGUCUUUAUAAAGCUGAUCAUACUUUGAUUUGUAAUCCCCUGACAAGAAAAUAUGUCCUUCUUCCACAAUUUAAGAGAGGGUCUGGUGAAUCUGAUGAUAAGUAUGUUCAUUGUUCGACUGGAUUUGGUUAUCUUCCUUUAACUAAUGAGUAUAAAGUAGUUGUACUGUAUGCAUCAGAUAGAGAAAUUGAUUUUAUAGAGGUUGCGGUAUACACUCUUGGCAGUGGCAAUGGGUGGAGAAAUGUUGGGAGGUUGGAGUCUCCGUUUCGAUUAUGUUAUGCUGAAUCUGGUAUUUAUGCAAAUGGAGCUCUUUAUUGGAAGAAAAAUGAUGAAAACCGAAGGGUUUUGGUUUUGGAUUUGACCGAGGAAAAGUUUCGCAAACUUCUUGCACGACCUCCUGUGCAACCAAAUGGUAUACGUCUUAAUUAUUCUAUCGUUGGACGGGGUUUUGUAUUAUUCCAUCUUUUACUUCAGUGGAGGCAAACGUUCUGACGUGUGGCUACUGAAAGUAAAGAAGGAUAUUGGUAAAGAGCAGGUGGAACAUGAGUCAUUGGGUUGGAGUAAAGCGUUAACUCUUCCUGGAAAAGAACCAUUAGCCUUUACCAAGAGUGGUGGUCUCUUAUGUUACGCUUAUAGCUCUCUCAACAUUUAUGAUGCAACAACUUCAACCUCAAAGAAGCUUAUGGGUUUUGGUGAUGCAAUUAGUCAGAUAUUCUCUCACAAGAACACCUUAGUUUCUGUGAAAGAAUUAGGAGAAGCCGAUAUAAGACUAAUGGAGUCCGCUGAAACUGAGGAGACGGACAAAGCAGCUAGCAAUAUGAGAUCCCUGGAUACACUUAUUAACUGCAUUCCUAGUCAUACCCACUCUUUCUGGAAAGAGCUUGAUUCAUGGAAGUAGCUGUGGAAGAAGCGGCAGGAGCUGUAGGUUGAGGAAGCCUGUAUUGCUGCUUUCUGGAAUGUAUCUGCUGGUUGUGAUUGCCAGCUUGCAGGAAGAGGAUUUUAUUUAACUGGUUGUCAUGUCUGAUAAGUACACCUUACCACACAAUACAGUACUUCAAAAGAAUUUGCCGAUUCUCAUCAGUUGUAUCACUGUUGAACUCUAGGUCAGAUAGAUUCCAAUUUGCAACAUUCUGAAAAGAUGAACCUUAUUGAUAAAAGAGGUAGAGAUAUUACGUAGCCAUAAUGUUCUUUAUAUACAUAACAAAGAAAAACCCUAGUCAUCUAAUGGACCGCACAUCGGUUAGCCGU